GACUAAUAACUAACAUCUUCUCUGGGCCCUUGCGCAAUUCACAACGCUGUCCACACAACCACUUCCGCUACUUAAUAUUAUCUUCUCCCCAUUGACCGACUUGUCGACCUUUUUACAUUCUCAAAGUAACCUAACCUGGUAGCCUGCUCUUCAUGUUUUCGCGCCUCUCCCAGAUCACAAGACACCUCUCGGCAGCGUCUCCGAUUCGGACCCCCAAGCGACCCGCCCUCAUCAACAACACCAACGGCCUGGCGCGGAGUAUCAUGGCUUCUGCCGACGAACGCAAUUCCCGGACCAUCCACACCGCGGCAUGCUUGAUUAUCGGCGAUGAGGUCCUCGGCGGAAAGACCCUAGAUACCAACUCCGCUUAUAUGGCGAAAUGGUGUUUUUCUCUCGGCAUCAAUCUCAAGCGCGUUGAAGUCAUUGAGGAUGUGGAGAGCGAAAUUGUUGAAGCUGUAAGGAGGCUGAGUGACCGUUACGACUUUGUCGUGACCAGCGGCGGCAUCGGACCAACACACGACGACAUCACGUACGAGUCCAUCGCCAAAGCAUUCAGCCUCCCCCUCCUCCUGAACCAAAAGGCCUUCGAGAGGAUGAGGAGGCUCUCGAAACCGCAUCCCUCCCAGCCCGACUUUGACUGGGACACCGACUCGCCCGCGCUCCGGGCCAGGCUGCGUAUGGCCAUCCUGCCCACGGACGAGACGCGUGACCUGAGCAAGCAGUUUCUCUUCCCGCAUGAUGAUCUAUGGGUCCCUGUCACGGUUGUCAACGGCAACGUCCACAUUCUUCCCGGUGUGCCGCGGCUCUUCGAGAAUCUCCUGGACGGAUUGAAGCCGGUGAUUGUACCCCGGCUGACGGACCCGGACGGCAAGGGCCUCGCCCGAGUAUUGAUCUCUACGCCCUUGCCCGAGAGCGCCGUCGCCGAUUACCUCACCCAACUGGCGGCCAAGGUGGAACCCCAGGGUGUCAAGGUCGGCAGCUACCCCCGAUGGGAGCAGAAUGGCAUUGUCACGCUUGUUGGUCGAAACCACGAAUACAUUGAGAGCAUUGUGCCCGAUGUGGUUGAAGGGGUCAAAGGGAGGCGUGUUGCCGUCGAGGGCGAAGACGACGUGCCUUCAGAGGAGAGGGCAAAGCCUAACAGCGACUAAGCGAGGGAUGUCAUAUGGGCGGUUCUUUUACGCUUUUUACGUUGGUACGUUCUGCUCGCAGUAGACGAAAGAAAUGCAAUAAGGGGGGGGGGGGCUAAGGCGCUACGGACGAUGAAGAGGGUAUGCGAAGUGCUGAGUGUGGCAAUGAUGAGAUGAUAUUCGUGUAUCAAUACUUUGUCCGAGGGACGUUGUUCGGAGUUUGACGAGCAGAUUGCUGUAUGCUCUACCUUAGGUUGGCUGGAAAGAGACGGUGAAGAGGGCAAGGAAACUAAGGUAAGGUAUAUAAGCUAACGUGCGAUGUUCCUCGGGACAGUGUAGAUGGGGAAUCUGGACAGUGUGGAGUACCCGUACCGUAUACAUACGCUGACCCACUCGGUGCAGUUAAGAUAGUCCAAGCUCUCUGCACUAAUUAAUAGCUUGGAGGAGAACGCAGUACAAGUAUCAUGAGCUAUCGGCAGGUACUUCAGAAUCAGCUCCAGCAAACGCA